GAAAUGAAGACAUAAUUAUAUACAAGCCCUCCAGGAAGAAUUUCUUCAAGCCAUUCAAGAUUAAUAGAGAGAGAGAGAAAGAAAACAUUCAGUUACAGAUUUCAAUGGUUUUUUGGUUUUAUCUCUUGAAUCCAAACAAACCCUCUUCUGCCUGCAAAUCCCUCUAAGAACAAUACAACACAAUCCUCACUUCAUUACAGCCCACCAUUUUUGUUCUUGUUUUCUUGCACCGCCUCUUUAACUGUUCUUCGUCGUCGUCUUCAUCGUUCUUCUGUUACUUUCUGCAACACAUACAGCUGAAAACCCUCGAUUUGAAUAAUCACAUAUAUCUGUUUGUAUCCAUCAGUCAGAUAUAAAUUUCUUGUCUGUUUUCUACCUCCCUUGCACUCAAUCGAAUGUUAAUCAUGUCUGCUGCUGGUGAUGUCUUCUCAUCCCUCCCCAAUUCCUCCUCUCCUUCUUCCCUGUUCAUCCUCCCCCCAAACCCUAACCCUAACCCUAACCCUAAAUCCCCAAAUCCAAAUCCAAACCCCAAUCCACCCCCCAAGAAGAAACGAAAUCUCCCCGGCACUCCAGAUCCAGAUGCAGAAGUCAUAGCUUUGUCUCCAAAGACGUUAAUGGCGACGAACAGAUUCAUCUGCGAAAUCUGCAACAAAGGCUUCCAGCGCGACCAGAACUUACAGCUCCACCGUCGAGGCCACAAUCUGCCAUGGAAGCUUAAGCAGAGAGCCAACAAAGAUCAGAUCAAGAAGAAAGUGUACAUCUGCCCAGAGAAGACCUGCGUCCACCACGACCCCGGCCGGGCACUCGGCGACCUGACCGGAAUCAAAAAACACUUCAGCCGUAAACACGGCGAGAAGAAAUGGAAAUGUGAAAAAUGCUCCAAAAAAUACGCCGUACAGUCCGACUGGAAAGCUCACUCCAAAACCUGCGGCACUCGUGAGUAUAAAUGCGACUGUGGAACCCUCUUCUCCAGGAAGGACAGUUUUAUUACACACAGAGCUUUCUGCGAUGCCCUAAUUGAGGAAAAGAUAACGACGAUUGGUUCCAACGCAAAUUUCGCCUUCAGAAACGAUCAUUUCCAGCAAGAAUUUGGCGGCAACAAUCUCGCCGGAAUAUCCUUGCCGGAGUUUUCCGGCGGCGGCGCCGGAAAACCGAGAUUCCCCCUUUGGUUGACUUCUCAAAACCCUAAUUUUUACAGCCCUAAUUCUUCCGACCAAAUGAUGAAUAAUAACAAUAUCCCCUUUUCAUCGAAUUUGUCGUCGUCGCCAUUAAAUGGUCUGAGAGAGGAAUGUCUGAACGGGAAAUUGGGUGCGAAUAAUUACUCAUCAAUGGCGGCUGCAGACUUUUCGAAGCCGGCGCCGGCGCCGCUCUCCGCGACGGCGCUGCUGCAGAAGGCGGCGCAGAUGGGAUCCACGAAAAGCUCGAACAAUAUUAAUCCUUCGAUUUUCGGGAAUGGAGCUGUCGGAAUUAUGACAUCUUCGUCGCCAUCGUCGUCGUCGACGACGACAAAUGCUUUAUCCUUUGGCGGUGGCCACCGGAGCGAGUUACAUCAGUUGCUGGCUAAGCCGCCGCCGGCGGAGAAUUCCGGCGGGUUUGUGAUUAACGGUGGUUUUGAUCAAGCUGUGAAUAAUUUUCAGGGUGGAUUGUUGAAUGGAAUGGGGCGUGGUUUGACGCGGGAUUUUCUCGGCGUGAAUGGCGGCGGCGGCGGCGGCGGCGGUGGUGGCGGAGGGCAAUUGCUUCCGCCGGAGCUGGUGAAGCUGGCGGCGAUGAGCACAGCCAUGGGAAUCAGCCACUUCACUAGCAAUCAGUAGCUACAUUUUUUUUUUUUUUGAAUUUAUUUAAAUUAUUGCAAUCCUUUUUGGUUAAAUUUGGUGGCUUUCAAUUUGUACCAUACGAUAAUAAUCAUAUAUGCAUUAUCGAGGGUUUCAGAAAUCUUAUCACAAUUUAGGACA